AAUUAUAUAUUUAAAAUAAAUAAAAAAAUAUGGAAACUUUCAAAUCAAAAUAAAUUAAGUUAAAUGAAUUCGAAAUAAUGCAAACAUUAGGAACAGGAUCUUUUGGAAGAGUAAGACUUGCUAAACAAAAAUCAAAUGGAGAUUAUGUAGCUCUUAAAAUGCUUAAAAAAGCAGAAAUAUUGCGUUUGAAGUAAGUGGAUCAUAUAAUAUCAGAAAAUACAAUAUUAUCAAAUAUAAAUCAUCCAUUUUUAAUAAAGAUGUUAGGGUUUAGUUAAGAUGAUAGAUUUUUAUAUUUUGUAUUAGAAUAUAUAUAAGGAGGGGAGCUAUUUACUUAUUUAAGAAACAAAGAAAAAUUUGAAAAUAAUGAAGCAUAAUUUUAUGGGGCAUAAGUGUAACUUUAAAUUAUAAUAUCAAUAUAUUUAAUUAUAAAAUAAUUUAAGAGUUUGCAUGUUUGAAUAUUUACAUGGAAAAAAUAUUGUUUAUAGAGAUUUAAAGCCAGAAAAUAUAUUAAUAGGAGCAGACGGAUAUUUAAAAUUAACAGAUUUUGGGUUCGCUAAAUAUUGUGAUUCUAGAACUUAUACACUUUGUGGAACUCCUGAAUAUCUAGCUCCUGAAAUACUUCUGAACAAAGGACAUGGAAAACCAGUUGAUUGGUGGUGUUUAGGGAUACUUAUAUAUGAAAUGAUUGCAGGAAUUGAUCCGUUUAAUGACGAGGACCCUAUGUCUAUAUAUUAAAAAAUUUUAAAAGGUAAAGUUAAAUUCCCAAGAAAUUUUGACAAAAAUGCUAAAAGUCUUGUUAAACAUUUACUGGUUGCGGAUUUAACUAAAAGAUAUGGAAACUUAAAAGGAGGUGUCAAUGAUAUUAAAACACAUAGAUGGUUUGGUGAUAUGGAUUGGGAUGCUUUAUUAUAAAAAAAAAUGCCGGCAAUUUAUAAACCACCUAUUAAAGGUAAAAAUGAUACUUCGAAUUAUGGAAGCUACCCAGAUUCAACUGAAUUGCCAAAAGCUAUUAAAAGUUCUGAUGAUCCUUUUAUAAAUUGGUGAAUUAAAAAUAAUUAUUAUGUUUUUGUUAUUCUCUAUGAAUAAAUAAACUUAUUAAAAGUUUUU